GGUGCGCUGUGUCCCUAGGACACAGCGGAUCACCGAUCACGGAAAGAGAGCCGAAGAUGUCGGCUCGGUCAUGUGAUCAGCUGUGUCCAAUCACAGCUGAUCACAUGGGACAUGUACACUGAUCAUCAGGGCACUGAUAAUCAGUGUGCCCUGAAGAUCAGUGUAGCCCCAACAGUGCCACCUGUCAGUGCCUUGUGUCAGUGCUCAUCAGUGCCACAUAUCAGUGCCUACCAGUGCACAUCAAUGCCACAUAUCAGUGCCCAUCUGAGCUGCCUUUCAGUGUCACCCAUCAAUGCCAAUCAGUGCCACCUAUCAGUGCUGCCAAUCAGUGCCACCUAUCAGUGCCAGUCAGUGCCGCCUAUCAGUGCCAGUCCGUGCUGCCUAUCAGUGUGCAUCAGUGCCGCCUAACAGUGCCAGUCAGUGCCGCCUAUCAGUGCCAGUCAGUGCCGCCUAUCAGUGCCACCUAUCAGUGCCAUGUAUCAGUGCUGCCUUUCAGUG